AUGUCUCUUACUCUGAAUGAUAUUGAUUUGCCAUUGGUUGUUGAAGAAAAGCUUCGUCGAGUUUAUGGUGCAAAGUAUUCUCUAAAAAAUGUCUUGGAAUUGGAUCCCGACGAGUUGAUUCGUACAACUCGACUGAAAAAUCAAGAUAUUGAUCUCGCAUUACAAUGUAUUUCAAAUACAUUUUAUCCUUUUACGAGACGACAAAUGUCUGUUUGGCAAAUGACAGAAAAGGAACGUGAUUUGAUAACAACAUUUUCCACAGGUUGUCCAAUAAUUGAUGACACUCUCGGUGGUGGAAUUCGUCUUGGUCAAAUAACUGAAUUGUACGGUGAAAGUGGAUGUGGAAAAACUCAAUUAUGUAUUCAAAUGUCAUUGGAAGUUCAACGAACAUUUCGAGCUCGAGGACAAGAAGCUAAGGUAGUUUAUAUCAAUACAGAAUCUCAUAUUGAAAAAAUUGAUAAACGAUUAAAACAUAUUUCUUACUACCGUGCAAAAGCUGACAAGCCAUUUAAUAUAGCUGAUGCUCGAUGCUUACAACAGCAUUUUUUUGAUAAUAUUUAUAUUGAUAUUAUUCGGCAUUAUCGUCAUUUAGAAAUGACACUUGUUGAGCGACUUCCUCUUUUACUUAACCGUGAACCAAGCAUUCGAUUAAUUAUCAUUGAUUCAUUGGCUGCUCUUUUUCGUUCUGAAGAUAUUUUAUUUGAACAUCACACGAAAGCAAAUACUCUACAAUAUUUGGGGUUCGCUAUGCAUACACUUUGUCAUCGAUAUAAUCUUGCAAUUGUGUGCGUCAAUCAGGUGCAAACUCAAUUUAGUCAAAUCUAUGAUGGUUCUUUAGUAUCUCAGUCGAUGACACUAGCUCCAGCAUUAGGUCUUACUUGGGCAUUUAUUGUUCAUUGCCGAAUAAAAUUGAGUAAAACUGAAAAUAUUGAAGAACAUCAUCCAGAUUCUCAACAAUCCCAAAUUGUUUUUGAUGAACAUAAAGCAACAACAAGGAUUAAAACAAAUUUGGUCCAUUUACGUUCAUUAUCAGUUGAUUAUUGUUAUCAUAUUCCUAAAUUGAAUCGAUGCAAUUAUUUUAUUGUCGAUAAAGGUGUAUUUGGUAGUCGAAAUUGA